AUGGAACCGCAGCUGUCGGUGACCCAGAAAACGGAGCUUGAGGCCCUGGUCAGUCAGUUCCGGGAUGUGUUCAGUGAGACCCUGGGUAGAACUACCGUCAUCGAGCACGAGGUCCGCACACCACCCGGAGUCGUAGUCCAGCAGAGGCCUUACCGGAUACCGGAAGCUCGCCGGCCGGCUAUAGAGGAGGAAGUCAAGAAGAUGUACGCCACCCUGGAGAAAGAGGCCCUGGCCAUAAAGUGGGCAGUCCUGGAGUUAAAGUAUUACCUUUGGGGCUGCCGGUUUACCCUCGUCACCAACCAUGCGCCCCUGCAAUGGAUGUCCCGGGCGAAGGACACAAACUUCUGCUUCCAAGGUCUGAAGGCUGGUUCCCUUCACUUUCCUGGAACGGCGUCCACUUAUCAGGGUGAAAGUGCCGUCGUGAGAGAAGUGAAGCCUGAAAACUACAAUUACAGCAAUGAAACGGCCUGGCAAGAGAACGUAGACAAAGUGAUGAAGUCCUGGUUCGGGGAGCAGGACCUGGACUUCGUGUCCAUGUACCUCGGUGAGCCUGACAGCACGGGACACAAGUACGGGCCGGACUCCCCCCAGCGCAGGGCGAUGGUCCGACAGGUGGACCGUACGGUUGGUUACCUGCGGAGCGCGGCCAAGAAAAACGGCCUGAGCGAGCGGCCCAACAUCAUCAUCACGGCCGAUCACGGCAUGAGCACCGUCUACCGCAACGGGCUGGUGGACGAGAUCGUCCCGUCCAAGAUCCCCGGCUUCUCUUUCAAAGAUCUGGACUUUCAUAUCGUGGACUUCGGACCGGUGGGACUCCUGCUGCCUAAAGAAGGACGACUUGAUAAAGUGUUCAAAGCCCUGAAAGGCGCUCACCCGCAUCUACAUGUCUAUAAGAAAGAGGAGAUUCCCGCUCGCCUGCAUUACUCCCAUAAUGACCGCAUAUUACCCAUCAUCCUCUGGGCCGAUCCAGGAUACGUCAUCAAUGGGUAUUUCCCAGUGCAGUUUCAUAAGGGGGAGCAUGGCUAUGAUAACCAGGCUCUGGACAUGAAGCCGUUCUUCAGGGCCAUGGGGCCGGAUUUCCAAAAGAAUCUGGAGGUGAGGCCAUUUGAAACGGUUAACAUUUACCCGCUGAUGUGCCAUCUGCUGAAAAUCACACCUGAACCCAACGACGGACACCUGAACACCACACGACACAUGCUGACCUCCUCCAUACAGACAGAGAAUGAAGGCUCGUCUGGUGAUGAUAUUCUCAGCAGUGUUUUCAUUGGUCUGGGAUCUGUCGCUGGUUUUCUGUUCAUUGUCUUUGUUGUUCUCUUAAGCCGUGGUAUUCACAAACGCAGGGGGAACAAAAGCAGUUCCACAGACGAGGGGAAGAUUGACAAGUGUCACGCUGAAACAAAACAAACAGCAUUUUAGAACGAGGAAUCCAGAGGAAGACACACACACCAACAUGUUGUAAUACAAACAAUAC